AUGGCCGACUACGCUCAAAUCCCUUCUACUGCAAAGGUUCAACCUAAACCUUUCAAGGUGGAGAUUGAUGCCAGUGAUAUUCAAUCCAUGAAAUAUUUGCUUGCUCAUUCAAAGAUUGGUCCUGCUACAUAUGAGAACCAACAGACGGACCGCCGAUUUGGUAUGAACAGAGACUGGCUCAUCAAAGCCAAGAAACAUUGGGAAACCACUUAUGACUGGAGAAAAUGCGAAGACCGAAUCAACUCGUUUCCAAACUUUACAAUCCCAGUCACUGAUCCUGAAGGCUCAGAGUUUACAAUUCACUUCCUGGCUCUCUUCUCCACUUCGCCUUCUGCUAUCCCCAUCGCCUUCUUCCACGGCUGGCCUGGCAGCAUUCUAGAAUUCCUUUCUAUGCUUGACUUGAUCAAGAAGCAGUAUCCAGACCCUUCUACAAUGCCUUACCACAUAAUCAUGCCUUCCCUUCCUGGUUACGCAUUCUCCUCUGCACCUCCCGUGGACAGAGACUUCAAAGCCGAAAACAUGGCACCAGUCAUGGAUGCCCUAAUGCAAGCUCUCGGUUUUGGAAACGGGUAUAUUGCUCAAGGCGGCGACCUCGGCAGUUUCGUUGCCCGCCAACUAGGCGUGGAGUCGUCGUCCUGCAAAGCCUUCCACGUAAACCUGUACAACCUCCCUCCCCCCUCAAACGCAGACUCUCUCCCUAUUUCCGAGCAAGAGAAAAGAGGCCUUCAGAGAGGAAAAGCAUUCAGAGAGUCUGGAAACGCUUAUGCCAGGGAACACGGCACCAGAACUGCGACCAUAGGAUUGGUAUUGAGUUCAUCGCCUUUGGCACUGUUAUCAUGGAUUGGAGAAAAGUUUCUGGAGUGGACGGAUGAGGAUCCGAGUGUUGAUGAGAUAUUGGAUUCGGUAUCGUUGUAUUGGUUGACAGAUACUUAUGCCAGAUGCAUCUAUCCCUACAGAACGGUAUGUUUGCUUUCCCCUCAUCUACUAACCUAUUGCAUCGACUUACAAUAUACAGCUCUUUGCAUCGAAUUCUGGUCCUUCUNNUCCACACCACCCUUUAUGAAGGGCUCCGGCAAACCUCAGGGCUAUUCCUACUUCCCUCAGGAGAUUUUCCCUACGCCGGUCUCUUGGGUCAAGGCGGCUGGAGGCUUUGUCCAUCUUGCUAGUCAUGAGAAAGGAGGGCAUUUUGCUGCUAUGGAGAGACCCGAGGAGCUUUGGGGUGAUGUCAAGGAAUUUGUAGAGAAGGCUUGGACUAAGAAGGAUGCCGCGAGCAAGAUUUAG